UCUUUUGUCGCUGGCUUCACACAAGUAGUCGUGACUGCUUUUGGAAAGUUCAGUUUAUAUGAAAACUAUAUAUUUCUGAAGUUCAAAUACAUUCUCUCUCACAUGGUUUAGAAAGAAAAAACUUUUUGUCAUGACGAGACACCAGUGAUGAUUUAUUAUUAUGCGUGACGUUGUGAGAAAGGAGGAAACAGUGGCACUUCCUUAGCAGAGUGACCCAUUGUGCGUCAUAGCGCUAAAGAGCUGCCGUUACUCUCCAUUGACGCUAGUAUUUUCGAGUCAUGUCGUUUCGGAGAGCGAUCAGUAUUGCGUGCGGGUUCGCCGGUGGAUCCGCGGUGCUCGUGUGCGCGGCGGUCGCGGCAGAUAAGCAAGGGUACUUCGGAGAACGAUGCCGGUUGAGAGAGACCCUGGCUGCCGUGUACGCAGCGCAACCGCCGGCAUGGCCCACUGUGAACGGAUGGGAUUAUAAUUGGGACAAACGUGACCCCUUGUCUAUUAUGAACGGGAGGAAAAAGGAAAGUGCUGGUGACAUUGGAAGUCCAGAUGGAGAGAACAACAAACCCAAAGCCACACGCUACAUUUGUCUCAUCAGACACUCUCAAUACAACCUCAAGGGGGAAGGAGAUAAAGAGAAGAUCCUGACGCCUUUAGGACGUGAACAAGCUGAGUUUACAGGACAGAGAUUAGCAGCGCUCGGACUGAAGUACGACGUUCUCAUCCACUCCUCCAUGACCAGAGCUACAGAGACAGCCAACAUCAUUAGCAAAUACCUGCCAGGUGUGGAGCUUGUAAGCUGUGAUUUACUGCGAGAGGGUGCGCCCAUAGAGCCCGUCCCACCUGUCACUCACUGGAAACCUGAGGCAGUGCAGUACCACGAGGACGGCGCACGGAUCGAGGCAGCGUUCCGCCGCUACAUCCACCGAGCUGACCCCAAGCAGAAGGAGGACAGCUACGAGAUUAUCGUCUGUCAUGCUAAUGUCAUCCGCUAUUUUGUGUGCAGGGCUCUGCAGUUUCCUCCAGAGGGCUGGCUGAGGAUGGGCCUGAACAACGGCAGCAUCACCUGGCUGACGAUUCGGCCCAGUGGCCGAGUGGCUCUGAGAUCACUGGGAGACUCUGGCUUCAUGCCUCCAGAAAAACUUAGCCGGACCUGACGCUCUCAAGCUAGACCAGCAUGCCUCAUUACAGCCUAGAACCGAAGGAUCAUUGAGAUGGACAGAUGUUAGAGUUGCAAAGAGUGGAAACAUUUCCUUAAAUGUUCACCUGAACGUUUUCUGAAAUGCUGUGAAAUUCUAGAAUACAGAAUGUGAUUUCAUAUUCACCAACUCCUCUAGCUUGUUUCAUAAUAAUCAUACGUAGCUGUAAUUUAGGAGAAUAUUGCUGUGAGAAAUUCAUUUGCAACUCUAGCAUCUGUUGCUGUGGUGAUCAGUUACUCCACAAGUGUCUUGAGUGUAAUAAUUUUGUAUUUUUAAAACAAACAAGUUGAGAAUAAUGAAUAUGUCUUCAAUUAGACACUCCUGUGCCAUGCUUUGUCUGAUCUAUGACGGUCAUGGAAAGGUGGAAUUAACCAGCAAGUGUACUUUUUUAUGUUUAUGACGAGGUGUCUUCUUCCAGGAGCUUUAUGCAAACUCUGGAGGCCUUGUUGAGGCAGUUGGUGUGUAUUUGCACUGUUUAUGUGGAAUUGUUCAUGAUUGUUUUAGAGGCAAGGCGUGAGUUUACUAAAAUGUGAGAAUCUUGCCAUUAACAGGUUGAAGAUGACUCUGUAUUAAUGUUUGUAUGAUGUUUAUGGCCGUAAAAAAAUAAAUUCAUUCAGUUGUUUA